AGUUGGUCCCGGGCUGGCUGCCAUGACUUCUCCCUGAGUCAGGGUCCUUCUCAGGAUGGCAGCCCAGGCUCGGACCCCUCGGUCUCGGAUCUUAGGCUGUUCCUCCAUGCUGCGCUUUCUCAGAAGCCUGGUAGGGAGUAAGGGCAGUUCUAAGAGCUCUAACAGGCCUCUGAACAGGAGCCAGCCCAGCUCCUCACCAGAGCAGGAUGUUGUCUCCCCAACGAUGGGCCACCAGGGAGGUUGUGGGAGGAAGGAGACCCGGCCCAGGGUCCUCUCUGCAACUUCCUCUAAUGGGAAGAGGGAGCCACGGCCCAGGGUCCUCUCUGCAGCUCCCUCCAACCAGAGGCUGCGUGAUGCCUCUGGGCUGGGCACUGGGGACACAGGGUCUCAGACCCUCACCUCCAAGGAUGUCCUGAAGCUAAGGGCCCAGGGUGUUGAGGUAACAUCAGUCCCUACCAGAGGAACCUGGGAGGUUCUGGAGCACCUGCCUGAGAAGAAAGGAGAGGAGGGAGAGCCAGCGGGAGAGGUCUCAGGGGCCUCAGACAGGGCGCACUUUGGCCAGGCCCUGGAGGCAGAACAAGGAUGCCUGCAGUGGGUUUCGGGACCAAUGGUGCUCCCCCCUGAGGCCUUCAUCAAGGAGGAAGAGGAUGAGCACUGCCUAAUUGACUUUGGAGACCUCAGACUGUCCUCUUGCAAGGUGGGAUCCACCCCGUGGAACUAUCUCCUUGGCUUGUACAAACAGCUCCAGAAGUCGGCCAUGACCAAGGCUCAGAGACCAGAUGCAGAUGCGCCUCAGUUUGCUCUCAAGGAUAGCUCGCCCACCGAGGAGAGAGGGGAGAGAGAGGAAGCGGUGGACGAGAGCAGCCUCAAGUGGUGCGCUCCGCGCGCCUCCAGCGACGACAGCAACCUCAAGUGGUGCGCCCCGCGCAACUCCACCUACCAAUCGCCGCUGCAGAAGACGUUUAGGUCCACAGACACAGUGGGUUUCGUGGAGUCAGAGCUGAAGAAGAUUCUAGCAGUGCAACGGGAGGCUCGCCUCUGGAAGGUGGGCAACCCUGAGGGACGGGAGCUGCUGACCCAGCCGGACAUCACGCUGGAGGAGGCUGGCAUGGUGGAUGGUCAGCAUCUGCUCCUGGAAGAGAUGGACGAGAUGGGAAACUGGCCCCCUCCGGAGUGAGGCCCGUGCUGGCAGGAGCCCACCGUGCCCACACCCCUGCGACCCCAGUCCGACGUGUGUCUCUCCUUGGGACACACGGAAGGAGUCCCUGGGGCCCUGGGUUUGGGGGAUGAGUAGCAUCCUGUGUGUGUGUGUGUGUGGUGGGCCUGCCCAGCACCCGUCAUUAGACUCCCUCAGAUGAUGUUAUUAAUAAAAGCUUAUUUAACAUGAA